AUGGCUCCGCCGCCUCCGGUGGAACACAACGCCGACUCCACCACCACCGCCUCAGAGUCUCAGGGGAGAUCCAUUCCCACGCCGUUUCUCACCAAAACCUUUCAACUCGUCGACGAUCAAUCCAUCGACGAUGUUAUCUCCUGGAACGACGACGGAUCAACGUUCAUUGUUUGGAACCCUACCGUCUUCGCCAGAGACUUGCUUCCUAAAUAUUUUAAACACAACAAUUUCUCCAGCUUCGUUCGCCAACUCAACACUUACGGAUUCAGGAAGGUUGUUCCUGAUCGGUGGGAAUUCUCGAACGAGUAUUUCCGCCGAGGCAAAAAGCAGCUUCUGUGCGAAAUUCAACGGCGGAAGAUCUCGUCGCCAGCGCAGUCUCCGACAGCGCCGGCGACAGUAGCUGUGCCGUCGCCGAUGCCGUUGACUGCGGUUCCGAUCAUAUCACCGUCGAGCUCCGGCGAGGAACAGGUGUUAUCGUCGAACUCGUCGCCGUCGCUCGUGCCGGCGGAGCUCCUCGACGAGAACGAGAGGCUGAGGAAAGAGAACAUUCAGUUAACGAAAGAUCUCGCGGAGAUGAGAUCGCUCUGCAAUAAUAUCUAUACUCUCAUGUCAAAUUACGCAAACGCCAACGGCAGAGGCAGCGGUAGCGACAACGCGAACGGAAAUGUUAACGGGAUCAGAAGUUAUCAAACGGACGGCGGUGCCGGUGGCGUGCAGGGAAGUCGGGAGUCCGACAUGAGGACGGUGAAGCCGCUCAAUUUAUUGCCCUCGAAACGGAGCUCCGGCGAGUGCACGGCGGAGAUGAAUCCAAAAUUGUUUGGCGUGGCGAUUGGAGCUAAGCGCGCGAGGGAGGGUGGAGGAAGCGGUGGGGAUUGUAGAGGAGGUAUAGAAGAGGAUGAUACACGGUUGCGUCUGCAUCACCCUGGUCCUGCGGAUGUAAAACCUGAGCCGUUGGAUUGCCAGAACCACCGGGAGAAUCAAGAAACACCGUGGUUGAGUCAGUGUCACAUGGCAAAUCAGAAGGUGUGUAACUGA